AAGAGGAUUCUAGCAGAGGAAAUGGAAAGUGCAGAGUCUCUGGGCGGCAAAAGACAUGUCUUAUUCAUGGAAUAACCUGAAAGCCAGUGCAAAUGGAGAGGAGUGAGCAAGGCUAGAAAAAUUUGAGCAAAUGAUGGUGGCAAGACAGGAGAAGUGAGGCCAUGCAGUGCCUGAAAGAUCAUGUGCGGAAAAUUACAGAGGUGUAUUCCAGAGUUGACUGUUCAUGGCACAUACAGUUGGAGGGUGCUCAUUGGCACUUAUUUUUAUCAUUGUGUUGUUGUUGGUUAAAGCAAACAUAGAUGCAUGCAGGAGAGGAGAUGUGACUGUGGAGCCUUCCCAUGUAAUUUCACUUGGAUCAGCUGUCAAUAUUUCAUGCUCUUUGAAGCCCGAACAAGGCUGCUCACAAUAUCCCGGUUUUAACAUGUUAAUCCUUUACAAGUUUAACAGAAGAAUCAAUUUUCUGCAUGGUCACUUCCUCAGUUCUCAAGUCACAGGUCUUCCUCUGGGUACAACUGUGUUUCUCUGCAAACUGGCCUGCAGCAAAAACAAGGAAUUACGAAUAUGUGGGGCAGAGAUCUCAGUUGGUGUUGUUCCAGAACAGCCUCAAAACUUAUCUUGUAUACAGAAGGGAGAACGUGGGACUGUGGCCUGCACCUGGGACAGAGGACGUGACACCCAUCUAUAUACUGCAUAUACUUUACAGUUAAAUGGACCAAAAAAUUUAACUUGGCAGAAGCAAUGUAAUGGUCAUUAUUGUGACCAUUUGGACCUUGGAGUCAACCUGACCCCUGAAUUGCCUGAAUCCAGCUACACAGCCAAGGUUACUGCUAUCAAUAGCCUUGGAACUGCUUCUUCAUUUCCAUCCACGUUUACAUUCUUGGACAUAGUGAGGCCUCUUCCUCCAUGGGACAUCAGAAUCAAAUGUGUAAACGCUUCUGUGAGCAGAUGUAUCCUUCAGUGGAACGAUGAGGGACUGGUGCUGCUUAAUCAACUCAGAUAUCGGCCCAACAGCAGUGGGGCCUGGAAAAUGGUCAGUGCUACAAAUACCAAAGGAAGACAUGAUUUGCUGGAUCUGAAACCAUUUACAGAGUAUGAAUUUCAGAUUUCCGCUAAGCUACAUCUAUAUAAAGGUAGUUGGAGUGAUUGGAGUGAAUCGGUGAGAACACAAACCCCAGAAGAAGAGCCUACAGGAACAUUGGAUGUCUGGUACAUGAAACAGCACAUUGACUACAGUAGACAACAUAUUUCUCUUUUCUGGAAGAAUAUGAGUAUAUCUGAGGCAAGAGGAAAAAUCCUCCAUUAUCACGUGACCUUGCAGGAGGUGGCAGGGGGGAAAGUCACACUACAGAACAUCACAGAACACACCUCCUGGACCUGGGUCAUUCCCAGAACUGGGAAUUGGGUUGUGACUGUGUCUGCAGCUAACUCAAAAGGCAGUUCCCUGCCCACUCGUAUUAACAUAACGGACCUGUGUGGGGCAGAGUUGCUGGCUCCUCGCCAGGUCUCUGCAAACUCGAAGGGUGUGGACAACAUUAUGGUGACAUGGGAGCCUCCCGGGAAAGCUGCACCUGCUGUCCAGGAGUAUGUGGUGGAAUGGAAGGAGCUCCAUCCCAGGGGUGGCACGCAGCCCCCUCUAAACUGGCUGCGGAGUAACCCCUCCAAUGUGUCUGCUCUGAUUUCAGAGAAUAUAAAACCCUACAGCUGUUAUGAAAUCAGUGUGUAUGCGCUGUCGGGGCACCAGAGAGGAUGCAGCUCCAUCCGGGGUAACUCUAAGCCCAAAGCACCACGGAGUGGCCCCCACAUUAAUGCCAUCUCAGAGGAAAAAGGGAGCGUGUUAAUUUCAUGGACCGAAAUUCCAGCCCAGGAGAAAAUGGGCUGCCUCCUCCAUUACAGGAUAUACUGGAAGGAACAGGACUCCAAUACCCAGCCUCAACUUUGUGAAAUUCCCUAUAGGGUAUCCCCAAAUUCACAUUCAAUAGACAACCUGCAGCCCAGUGUGACAUAUGUCCUGUGGAUGACAGCUCUGACAGCUGCUGGUGAAAGCCCCCCAGGAAAUGAGAGGGAAUUUUGUCUGCAAGGUAAAGCCAGUUGGAGUGUGUUUGUGGCACCAAGCAUUUGUGUUGCUGUCGUCAUGGUGGGCAUUUUCUCAGUGCGUUACUUCCGGCAAAAGGUAUUUGUUCUCCUUUUGGCCCUCAGACCUCAGUGGUGUAGUAAAGAAAUUCCAGACCCAGCGAACAGCACCUGGGCCAAGAAAUACUCCAUCGUGGAGGAGAAGACGCAGCUGGCCUUGGACAGGCUCCUGACAGACUGGCCCAAUCCUGAAGAACCUGAGACCCUGGUCAUCACCGAAGUCCUUCAUCAAGUGACCCCAGUCUUCAGACAUCCCUAUCACCCCAAAUGGCCAGACAAGGGACAAGGAGUCCAAGGUCACUAUAACUCUGAGGAAGACACAGGGUACAGUGCCUCAAGCCUACCACCUUCAAAAACUUUUAUAGCAGAGACGGGACAACUAGUGGAUCUGUACAAGAUGCUGGGGAGCAGGGGUCCUGACUCAAAGCCAGGACACCUAGCCAGCCCCUUGACAGUCCUUCCAGUGGACUACCUUCCCACCCAUGAGGGAUACUUACCCUCCAACAUACAGUAUCUCCCUUCACAUGAGGUUCCUAUAACUGACCCUCUGGAAGAACUAGAGACUCAGCACAUCUCUCUUUCCGUUUUCCCUUCAAGUUCCCUUCACCCGCUCACCUUCUCCUGUGAUAAGAAGCUGACUCUGGAUCGGUUAAAGAUGGGGUGCAGCUCCCUCAUCCUGUAAGUGGUAAAGCUUGGAAAGUCAAUGUGUCCCUAGUCCCCAAUGUGUCCCACCUCCCCAGCCUCCUGCUCAUGCAGGCAACACUUCUGGGUGCUGCCAUCAGGUCUGCAGCUAGAGGACAGACGAGCAGUUCAGGGUCAAUCUUGGGAACUGAGAAUUGACCUUAACCCAGAUACCUCGUCUUGCCUUCUCCAGAGCCUUAGGAUUAUGGUUAACCCUUGAACAGUGUGAGGGUUAGGGGCACAGGCUUAAAUCAGUAUGUAUUUUUUUUACUCCCCAGAAAGUUAACUGUUGGGUCUGAUGACCACUCUUAUUGAUAUUUUGUGUAUCUAUUAUAUACCGUAUUCUUACAAUAAAGCUAGAGAAAAUGUUAAGAAAAUCAUAUGGAAAAUGUAUUUAUAGUACUGUACUGUAUUCACUGAAGAAAAUCCACCUAAAUAGACCCACACAGUUCAAAUCCAUGUUGUCCAACGGUCACCUGUACACCAUGUGUACCUAGACUGCAAUCUGGGUUCCUGCAACUUUCUUGGCUCUGUUGGCCAGUAAAGCAAAAGGGUAGAGUAGAAACCAAAGCUCUUACUAGCAAUCACUAAUAGUCCAGGGGACUGUUUAUGCAGGUCAUACACCUAGGUCAGUAGCAUUCAAUAGGCCUAAGGUAGAAAUGUUAUAUAUAUCUUCACUGUUCAAUGCAGUAGAUAUGAACCACAAUGGCUACUGACCACUCUGGAAUGUGUGUAGUAGGACUGAGGGAGUAAGUGGAUUUUAAUUGUAAUUAGUCACACAUGGCUAGUGGCUACUGUAUUGGAGGGCACACAUCUGAAUGACGGAUACACUAGGAAGAUUAUAGGGAGUUUUCAAAACAGAUCAACCCAGUUUUACAGAUGAAGACAUAAAAGACUCUGAACACCAAUAUAAAAGCCCCCCCAAGAUGGUCAUGACUGUCCUUGUGAAAGCCUACACAAAUGUACCUUUUUCCUAUUGUUUUAUUUUAUCUUCACCCUCUUUCAGUGAAUCAAGAGCAGCUUGAUGGUGGAAAGUUACCAUAAACCUGCCAUUAAGACCCUGGGCCAAUAGCUUCCCCACUCUGCAAUCCAGUAUCUUGGAAAGUAGUGGGCCAAAGGCUGAUACAUUGUUUCCUCUUCCUUCUGUUGCAGCAGCUGUUGCCUUCAGGAUCAGGGAUGUCUCAGGGUCUAAGACCCAAAUCAUUAAGGUUACACUUGUGUCAUUCCCUUCUCCCCAAGGCAUCCUAUUUUUCCUUUCUCAGGAAGACUCUGAGCUGGUCCUCAGACAGCUCAAGUUGAGCCUAAAAGAUACUUUUUUUCUCAGCAUGAGAACUUGGAACAUGAUACAUGUUUUACUCAUUUAAAGCUGUGGCCCCUGGCUUAUCACCCUCCCCUACCCCAUCACUGCCUCUAUCCCUUCACUAUAGGCCCUUCUGCAAAGCUGGUGGGGAAGUCUUUCAAAAUGCUUAGUGCCCUUCCCAAAUAACAGGAUGAAAGGUCCAAGAACCUUCUUCUUAAAUCCCUGUCAAGCCCCAGGCCUACCCCCUACCCUGACCCCAACCCAAACACUGGCACCAAGACAGUGUUGGUUUACCAGAUGUCCCUCAGAGCUCUAGAAAUUGAAAUCAUGAACAUUUGCUCUUAUUCAUGUUUAAUACUUUAUUUAUGCUCCCUGCACUUCAAACAUACUUAGUUUCCUCAGGCUUUCUUUGAAAAGCUUAAGUUCCUUCCUUACAUCUCUAUUCUACUCUAUUUAGGUGCUGAGCAGCACUCUCACACAUGGUUUCUUGCAUCUCUGCAGAUUCAGUGUUGGCUUAUCUAUACCCAGGAUGUGGUGCCCCAUGUUUGACUGUUUACGAUGGGUCAUAACAGACAAGGCCACCUCCUCAGAAGCUGGCUAAUUUAUCACCUCUUGACAAUGGGAGCCAACUUCUCUUCUUGAAAUACCUGCUUUGCCUAUCUCUGAUUUUCUUUUGAUUGCCUGGUAUCCAUCUUAGUCAUUCAUCCCCUCCCCGCUUGGACCCAACACCCAGCUCUGAUCUCCUUAUUACCCCCUAGACCCUUUCCUGUCUCCAGGUGAUAUUGCAUUUGUUUUCCUAAAAAGUAAAAAAAAAAAAAAAAAAUUGAGAGACUUCCUUGACCUCUAAAGGCUCCUUCUAAGACCACAGAGGUCUCACCCUCUCAAUGCUUCCCUAAGCAUGAUGCCCAUACCACUUAUUUCCUCUACUGGACUGUAAAUAACAUGAAGGCAGGAAUGAUGGUAAUCUGCUUCUCCAGCACCAUGCCUGGUUCAUAGCAGGCUAUCAAUAGAAAGUAAGAACCAUCACCUGCCACGGCUUUCACUUGUUCCUUCUGUUCCAGAAGCCAGUCUAGCUGUGCCUGCUUCUUCUUUAUUGGGACAACUAUUUGUUUUUCAUUCCCAACAUUCUAACCUACUGUCACUAACAACAUUGCUAUAUAAUACAUGUAGCAGUAGCUCGUAUUUUAAAGACCUCUUUGGGGCAUUAGCUACUCCACUCUGCCAGAUAAAAGAUUCUCUUUUCAUGGAGAACAGAGGACGGGUAACCUUCUUCUGCCCUUGCCAAGUAGUUUGCACAGUCCCCUCAUCCUGCAGGAUGCAGUCAAAAUACCACAUCAGGUUGCCUCCUCUAACCAGGACUAGGUGAGGCUCAUGAAUAUUCAUAUGCCCAGUUUUUAUUACUCAGGAUACUUAGCUAUGAUUUUAAUCCUCACUCCUUCUGUACAUCCCAAAGUCAACCCAGAAAUCUCUGCUCUAUUGAAACACAUGAAAUUCCUUAUUCUCUGAGACCUAGAUACUACAAAUGGAGUUCAAGUUCACUCUUAGUGGAUUCAUGGGAAUCUCCACCACUAAUUCUUGUGUAGAGAUCCUUAUCUUAAAUUGCCUCUUGAAAGGGCCCUCUUUCUCAGAAGCCGGAGAUUCUAUUUCCUGGGCCUCUGUCUUAUUUGGCAAUAAAGUCUAACUAGUGUUAUCUGGUUCUUUCCCUUUACUGACUUUUCCCUUCCAUUCUGUCCUAAUUUCUCAGCUUCCAUUAAUAGCCCACAGCUGCAACUCACCAAGGCCCUCAGGCCAGUGAAAGACAUGCCAAGCUAGGCACAUUCUAUUCUAGUCAAUCCCUUAUGUUUGAUUCUUGGUUUUUCUCCAUUAGCCUCUUUUUCCUUCAUCUGAUACAGUUGUGAUCUGUUCCAAUAUUGCAGCUCAAACCCUCCAAAAAAACCCCAUUUUUCUCUUCCCAAUCUGAAGGACUCCUGGACAUUCAUAUUAUCCACCCUAUGAAAGGCUGGUAAGUGAACUCUGAAGUCACUUCUCUAACAUAACUAGAGAUCAGAAAGAUCUCCUUUCCACUAAUAAAAGAUACACAAUCAAUUGGCUGUCAACGGAAAGGAGUCAGAUCUUUACAUCACAGCCUAAAUGAGAAUCUCCAAUAAUUAACUUUGCAAAACACAUACACUAAGGUAGAUAAAAAUAUUUGCAAUAUAUGCCCAAAAUAACAAACUUAGGUGCUCUUAAGAGAUCCGUAUGAUAAAAGCCAACACUAAAGAAAAUGGACUGGACCAACUCACAACACAUGUAACUGCCCAAGAAACAUGAAAGAAACAAUCACCUGUAAUCAAAGAAAUGAAAGUUAAAUACCAUUUUUCACUUACCAAAUUAGCAAAAUCAAGGGAAAAAUUAGCCAGUAUUAAUCAGAGAAACUGGUGCUCACAACCAGGAAUAUUAGCAGGCUCCUUUCUGGAGGCAGUUGGACAAUGAUAUUCAGUAAAAUUUGAAUAAGUAAUUCCGUUGGAUAAAGGACUGAUCACAGCAUAGAUUAAAAUGGAGAGGGGGCCUAAAUGCCCUUCAGUAAGGACGUGGUUAUAGCAUAAUCCACAUAAUGAAACACUCAAUUUCAUGGAAUCUGAUUCCACCAGUUUUAGGACGCACCAUUACUUUAUGUUCUGAGUAGGAAAAACUCCUAAACUGUAAUAUUCCAUCAAUUUCUAUGAUGGACAUCCCCCCCACCAUUUUAACAUGCCUGAAAUUGGAAUGGAUUUUAGAAUUGCUGAAAAGCAUACUAUAGUCUUUAUAAAAGUAUAACAUAUUCGACAUGGAAAUGGUCAGUUACAAAAGGCUGAAGAGAAUCAUCUUUUAUAAAAUCAAUGCAAAAACAAAAACAAAAACCAACCCUGGAAGAAUAUACACCAAAAUGCUAGUGUUAUCUCCAGCCAUAGGUUUUUAAAUUACUUUUUUGCAUCCUUUUCACCAAAUACUCAUUACUUUUAUAAUUGGAUAAAGUCAAUAAAAUAUGAAGUAUUACCAAUUUCUUUCGAAGACUUGAAACAGUGGAUCUAGAGACAGACCCUACUGAGCUGAGCACUUUCUUUAAGCCCAUGCCGCUUUCAUCCUCCACCGUGUCUGGCACUUUCACUGACCAAUAGUAUUCCUGUCAGAGGGUAUAGCAGAAAAGUAAAAAAGGCAAAGUAGAUGACACACUUGGUGAGGGUGGGGGUUGGAAAUUUUAGGGUAAUAACUCAAACGAUGGAUCUUGGAAAUACAAAGUUUAUAUCACAAGCUAAUUUUUCCCAAAUCCCCCAUUUUAACAGGAAUAAUGAUCAAUAACACAUAAUACAGUCCUUAGUACAUGCAGUUUUGAAGGGUGUAAUGCAGUGCUGACUAAAGAGGUGGGGAAACAGAUACAAACUAAGUCACAUAACUAGUACAUAAUACUGGGCAGUCUUGUUUCAGAGCAUCAACUUUACUAAUUCCUUCCUAUGCAAGACUGCUCUACUAAUUUACAUCAACUGGAGUUCUGACUGUAGUUGACUUUUAAUUCCAUAAAAAUCUUUGAUGCCUAUUUUUACUAGGGAACCAAAAAAUGGCUUUUCUGUACUUUUGAAGUUCUAGAUUAUUGGUUCUUGAGAAAUCUACCUAAAACCACGGUAAAGCUUUAAUGACCAGAAAAAAUCUGGCACUCCUGAAUUUGCAAAUUUAUCUACCCAGCUAAUCUAAAUCCUAUAAUAGAAGGAACAGGUAGGCCACAGAAAGUAACACUCCCAGUAAAGUCCAUUAUUUUAAGGAAUUGAUAAAUUGAGUAUUUAAAGCUUUAAGUACAUUAUACCUUUUAAAUAGAAAAACAGCCAGAGCAAUGUGUUUUCUCUUUAAUUAAAAAACAGCUAUUACCUCACCCAACUUACCUAUUUCUUUUUCCAUAUAUGAAGGCUUUCUUGGGGUUGCAUUUGACUUAAUUUUGUUGUGAAUGUGAAUUAUUGAAACAUAAAUGCCCUUCCUCCAUUCUGUGGUAAUUGGUUCCACAUUUUGCUAGUGGCCAUUUAUAGCAGCAAAACUAGUCUUAAUUGGAUCUGCUGAGAUUUCAAUCACAUUUCUAAGAAACAUACAAACUUAUUUAUGUGCUGUCAUGGGUUCCCUUUAAAAGUCAAUUCAUGCCUUUUUUUUAAUUUCCACAAAUUUAAAUAAUUCUUGCAUAAGAGACCCUGGCCUUGCCCUAGGCAAAAGAAUGUGAGGUGAGGUUCAAAAUUCCCUUCCUUGUCACAAUUUCAGACAUUUGACUACCUAUAAGUUAAUAAUAGGACCCCAAAGAAAUACUCUUAAUAACUUAGGGAGUUCCUCAGAGAAUAAACUGUUCUCAAAAGCCCUGAAUUGUCACUGAAAAGACCUGAACGCCCCAUAGCAGAAUACUUUUACUAGUUCAAAAAACUGCAAAAACAUUCUUGCAAAAUCAGAUGAAAACCAGUAACAUAAGACACUUGUUCUUUAUGAAAAGAAAAUCUCAAUUCACCUGCUAAAGUAGCAAUGAUAGCAAACAAUGUGGCCUAUGUUAGGCUGAGGGCACAUUUCUUGUGCCACCUAAGCCAAGGAGCCUGGAGACCCCAAUCCCCAAUCCUUCCCAAACAAAAACUCUCAAGGUUGAAAAUACGGUGUCGCAAGAUUUCAUUUAGUAACAGAAAUCUUCCAUUAUUCCAUCACAGAGAGUAAAAAGAUCACUUGCCAUCUUUCCACAACACUGCAUAAAAUACUUUUAAAAAGGUUUUCUACUUGUACUACAACUUCAUUAUGACUAGAUUACUUUGCAUUCCUAUACACCCCCUUUAGUUUACCCCUCCUGGUCUAUGCAGGGUAGAUUUCAAAGCAGCUGCAAAGACAGUUUUUACAAAACACCUUUGGACCUGCUUGCAACAGACUAAAAUAACUUGCAAGGAUAAUUAAGUCAGUAAGUCAUUUCUCCAGCUACAGAUGCAAUCUUCAAAUCAAUUCAGAUUUCUUUCCUCUAAAAAUCUGCAGUUAUUUUUAAAGUCUAGUAACUCUUAAGUAGCAACACUGAUGAUCCU